CAGCAGCAGGUCAACGUCUCGGUAUUGUUGUUGUAGUUAUUAUUAUUAUUAUUAUUAUUAUUAUUAUUAUUAUUAUUAUUAUUAUUAUCAUUUCACAUCACUUUGGUGAGUCAGCGCGGCGAUUAUCCACAGGAUUACUAUCAAGAUAUACCCUCAGAAGGAUUAACCCUGUUGAGAAACUGCGUUUUUGGCAGUUUGGACAGUGAUUGGAUUUCUCGUUCUUGCCUCCGCGGAAACAUUCAACAGAGUGCGAUGUGUGACCUCAGCAUGGACCAAGUGACACCUCCGUCAUCGGGCUAUCGGUACCUGAAGAGGCAGGUAGCUUUUGAGUUGUUUGAAGACCCCAUGUCUCUGUUCUCUGGGUUUUACCCAUUAGUGGAGGAGGAGCAGGCAGCUCAGGAAGUCCCAUCAGGUUUGGAGUGUGCUCCACAAGACCUGGGACCGUGCUCUGUGCCACUGUUGACACCUUGCAGCAAAGCAGUGAUGAGCCAGGCUCUGAAAGACAGUUUCAAUGGUUUCAACAAAGUCCAACGUAUCUGGGGUAUCUCUAACAACCCACGGAAGUGGAACAAGCAGCAUGUCCAACAGUGGCUUCACUGGGCCUCUGGCGAGUUCAGCCUCACCAAUGUGAACUUCUCCAAGUUCGAUAUGAGCGGCCAGGAGUUGUGCGACCUGGGGAAAGACGGUUUCUUGGAUUUAGCUCCAGAUUUCGUGGGUGAUAUUCUUUGGGAGCACCUAGAACAGAUGAUGAGAGGUUUCAGCGUGGAGGACACACAGUAUGCACUGCAGAUUUCAGACAGCACUAGUAGCCUCCUAAGGGAGUUAUUUGAGGCUCCAGAUAGUCCCACCCCUCUGCUCUCUGAGCCAGACUUCUCCAUGUUCCCCAAACCUCAGCUGAGCACGGUGAACGUCAGUUACAUUAGCCAGGAAUUCCACAAAGCACAGCCACGCCUUAACACACACUUCUCAUCCCAUGAGCAGACCUCUACUGAGAGUGUGGACAGUGUGGAGGGAACCGAGCGUGUCCUGCACUCGUGGGGCAGUCAGUCGUCCCUGGCCGACACCCAGCGUGUACCAUCUUAUGACAGUUUUGAUGAUGAAUACAGUGCAGUGCCGUUGAGCCUGGGCAAGCAAGGUCUAUCCUUCAAAGACUAUGUACAGGAGAGAAACGAGCCGCUGGAGCAGGGCAAGCCUGUCAUCCCCGCAGCUGUGCUUGCUGGAUUCACUGGAAGUGGCCCUAUCCAGCUGUGGCAGUUUCUGCUGGAGCUCCUGACCGAUACAACCUGCCAGGGCAUCAUCAGCUGGACUGGAGAUGGCUGGGAGUUCAAACUCACCGACCCUGAUGAGGUGGCACGUCGCUGGGGCCGCCGCAAGAACAAACCCAAGAUGAACUAUGAGAAGCUGAGCCGUGGCCUGCGCUACUACUACGACAAGAACAUCAUCCACAAAACAGCUGGCAAGCGCUACGUCUACCGUUUUGUUUGUGACCUGCAGAACCUCCUGGGCUAUGCUGCCGAAGAGUUGCAUGGCAUGCUGGGAGUGCAGCCUGACACUGAGGACUGAACCAAGCAAAUGCCUCUAGGAGGGAUGUGUUUGAUGGAGAAGGGGAAGCGCCCCUUGAUAUCCACUGUUACAGUCGGACCCUUUAAUGGUCUGCAGCCUGACGGCAGUAACACAGCUGCACUUGAAGCCACUGCACUGGCUGCACCAGAAAAGGUGCAAUUUUCUGUGUUUCAUCUGGAGCAGGAUGUUUACCACUGCCACGUUUGAGUGAGACAGGAUCUCUGAAAGUGAGCAAACAUCUGGUGCAGAACAGAAAAGUUUCUCGUGCUCUAUAAGCUACACAGAUACAAAAUUCUCUUUAAAAAUGAUGCGCUUUCCUUCUAUCAGCAGAACCGGGUGUUCAGAGUUUGUCAGGAGUUUAGAUUGAAAGAGAACUGUACAGAGAAGCUUUUACAGAAUAUUUUUAUGUAGGCAGAAAGAACAGGGUGUCUGUGGAGCACACUGUAUCGAGACUGUUGUUAUAUAACAAAUUCUGUUGCCGCUACUGAUUUGCUAAGUGCUUUAAACUUCAGUCUUGCACGCUUCCUCUGUUACUAGAGAGCCAUCCAGCAUAUCCGCCAAGUACAAACCUGUAGGUCUAAGUUUUUUUCUUGCAGUCUUACACGAAUCCGUAUUUUCAAUAGACCAUGAUUGUAACUGAAAUACAGUGUAUAAUUUUAUUUGAACGUUUUGAUUGCAGCCGCUGUAUUGAGCACAAGAGAUCAUGCAUUAAGGUUAAUAGAAUAUUUGUAGACAACAUACCUGGAAAACUUGUCUACAAGGAUUUAUAGCCUAUUUUGAAACAGUAACAAAACUUUUCCUCCUGUCUUUUUUUUAAUGAUUAAACUGUAUUGUACCUUCUAUUAACGUUGGUUGUUUACUAUAAGUAAGUUUUAUUUAUCUUUUUACAUAUCUGAAUUUUUAUUUAGCUCUAUUUAUUUAAAUCAAAGCCAUGCAGGCACUCAGAGGAUUCUACAGAUCAUGAUUGUUAAAUAUUUUUGUUGUGGUUAGUUCCCUUAUGUACAAAGUAGUUUGAUAACUAUAAUUGUGUUGGAUUUAUUUAAUUGCUGCUUUUAGCAUUAUUGGAUAUAACUGGUAGAGGAAACUGAUAUGAGGGGUUAUACCAUGCCAGAUAAAAACCAAAUAAAUAAAUAAAUAAAUAAUGUGACACUGUCAUGGAAGGGAUCGUGUCCUAACCUUAACUAUACACAACUUUUUUUGUACAAAAGCUUGUGAAAAGGAAGGUGAGGAAGGUGAAAUGUUGCUAUUUGAACUUUUGUGAAACUUCUUCAAACUUUACACAAAUAUUGUUGUCUUAUUUGUUUAUAAAAUUAUUUUUCUACAUAAAUCCUUUGUUUUGUUGUUUUGCAGUAUUUUAUGGGUUGUGUAUUUUAUUGGUUCAACAUAUCAAAUUGAACAUUACCGAAACAGAGAGUGAAUGAAAAGAAGCAGCAAUAUGGAGCCACCAGCUCAUAUAAAUGGUAAAAGUGCUGAUCUGGGACAGAUAUCCAUUUUUUUUUUUACAGAUAAGAAAGGAACUGAACCUGGAGCUAAACCGUUUGAUAACUGUGAUGUAGAGGGGGGAAAAACAGUGUAUAGGCAGAGAGAGAGAGAGAAAUGCAGUUAUACUUGUGCACUGGAGAAAACAAACCUGACAACAGCAAUGGGUCGAGCCUUCAUUGACAACUGGAAUUUUGAGAAUAAACAGAGAUCGCUCCUUAGAACUGAACAGAGUAGUAACUGGAAUGAAAGUGUUCAAACUGUACUCUAAUUUUAGGAUAUAGCCUACCGUUGAUGGAAAUGGUGAUUAAAAGAUCACGUGUCUACUUUGUUCACUUCUGUUCAGAUUACUUUAUAGUACAAACUUUGAGUCAGAACACAUGUAUCACUCUGCUGACAUUUUUGUGUUGUUGUGAAAUAAAUGUUUUUCAAACGA